AUGGACCACCACGACUGGCAGCGUGGGAGGAGCAGAGGUCACCGGCGCUGCGAGGACGAGGACGAGGCCCAGCCGGUCUACAUCGGGGUCCCGGCCUCCCACCGGCGGAAGAGGCGUCGGCAUCACUCCAGCGCCAGCGACGCGGAGCGCGACUCUCGUCACUCGCACUACGACCACCACACGCACCGCGGCUACGACCACGACCGGGACGACCACGACCGGGACGACCACGACCGGGACGACCACGACCGGGACGACUACGGCGACGACGAGGGCAGCGCGGAGCGCCACGAGCACGCCGACCCGUCGGUGUCCCCGGCAGCGGAGCGCCUGCGCCACAUCCUAUCGGAGGAUGACAGCAGGCCGACGCCCACCAUCUUCACCGAGAUGGACACGCUGCAGCACGAGGGGGGGGAGCUGGAGUGGAAGGAGUCUGCUAGGUGGGUGAAGUUCGAGGAGAAGGUGGAGGAGGGAGGGGAGCGGUGGAGCAAGCCCCACGUCUCCACGCUGACCCUCCACAGCCUGUUUGAGCUGCGGACCUGCCUGCAGACGGGCAGCAUCAUGCUGGACCUGGAGGGCUACUCGCUGCCACAGAUCGUGGAUGAUAUCGUGGAUCGGCAGAUAGCCGACGGUCUGAUUCUCCCGGACCUGAAGGAGAAGAUCAGCUUCGUGCUGCUCAGGAAGCACCGUCACCAGACCAGGAAGCCCAUCCACCGCUCGCUGGCCGACAUCGGGAAGUCCUCCAACGCCGCGUCCAACCGUAGUCCUCAAGUUAACCUGAGUCAUAGCACUAGUUCAGCUUCUGGGACCCACCACUCCACAGAAGACCUGCACUCAAGGCAGUCCAGCAGCCUUAGCCGUCUGCAUCCCGCUCAGAGUCGCAGCAUGAACGACAUCUCAGACACGCCGAGCACCGACCAGCUCCAAAACAAGUUCAUGAAGAAGAUUCCCCGCGAUGCCGAGGCCUCCAACGUCCUGAUCGGCGAGGUGGACUUCCUGGACAAGCCCUUCGUGUCCUUUGUGCGUUUGGCUCAGGCCACGACGCUGGGGGGCCUCACCGAGGUGCCGGUCCCGACCAGGUUUCUCUUCAUCCUGUUGGGCCCACACGGCAAAACCAAGUCCUACAAUGAGAUCGGCAGAGCUAUCGCUACGCUCAUGGUGGACGACCUGUUCAGCGACGUCGCCUACAAAGCCCGAGACCGUGAAGACCUGAUCGCCGGAGUGGACGAGUUCCUGGACGAGGUGAUCGUCCUCCCGCCGGGGGAAUGGGACCCCAAGAUACGCAUCGAACCCCCCAAGAAGGUUCCAUCGGCAGAAAUGAGGAAGUCGGUGCUGAACCUGAACGAGCUUCGGUCAAAUGACGGCUCGGCCGGCGCCGCCGCUGGAGGAGAAGACGAAGAGUUCCCCGCUCCACACGAGCUGGGAGAGGAGCUGAAGUUCACCGGGAGGUUCGGAGGCGGCUUGUGGCUCGACAUCAAGCGUAAGAUCCCGUGGUUCUGCAGCGACAUCUACGACGGCUUCCACAUCCAGUCCAUCUCCGCCGUGCUCUUCAUCUACUUGGGCUGCAUCACCAAUGCCAUCACCUUCGGAGGCCUGCUGGGGGACGCCACCGACAACUACCAGGGAGUGAUGGAGAGUUUCCUCGGCACGGCUCUAGCCGGGACGGUCUUCUGCGUCUUCGGCGGGCAGCCGCUCAUCAUCCUCAGUUCAACGGGACCCAUUCUCAUCUUUGAGAAACUGCUUUAUGAAUUCAGCAAGAGCAACCAGAUCGACUACAUGGAGCUGCGUCUGUGGAUCGGCCUCCACUCGUGCCUCCAGUGCUUCGUGCUCGUCCUCUCGGACGCCAGCUACAUCAUCAAGUACAUGACCCGCUUCACGGAGGAGGGCUUCUCCAGCCUCAUCUCCUUCAUCUUCAUCUCGGACGCCAUCAAGAAGAUGGUCGGAGCCUGGAAGUAUUACCCAAUCAACCGCGGCUUCAAGCCGGACUACGUCACCUCCUACAGGUGUGAAUGCGUCGCACCGGACCAGGCAUCUGCUCUGGGCUUCAAUGUCUCAGCUCCACUCGGAGACGACAACAUGACUCUGCUGUUCAACCUGACCGGCCUGGACUGGAGUCAGCUGAGUAAGAAGGAGUGUGUGAAGUACGGCGGCCUGCUGGCGGGCAACUCCUGUAAGUACGUCCCCGACCUGGCGCUCAUGUCCUUCAUCCUCUUCUUCGGGACCUACUCCAUGACGGUUUCCCUCAAGAAGUUCAAGUUCAGCCGCUACUUCCCCACCAAGUUCCGGUCUCUGGUCAGUGACUUUUCCAUCAUGAUCUCCAUCCUGGUCUUCUGUGGUCUGGACCUCCUUCUGGAGCUGGACACCCCCAAGCUGCACGUGCCCACAGAGAUCAAGCUGAGGAAGCUAAUCAGUGAUUUCUCCAUCUUCAUGUCAAUCAUGUCCUUUGUGGGUCUGGAUAUGUUGAUCGGCUUAGAGACCCCCAAACUAAUCGUUCCUACUGAGUUCAAGCCCACGCGUCCCGACCGCGGCUGGCUGGUGAAGCCCUUCGGUAAGAACCCGUGGUGGUGGUACCUCCUCAGCUCCGUUCCCGCGCUCCUCGUCACCAUCCUCAUCUUCAUGGACCAGCAGAUCAGCGCCGUCAUCGUCAACCGCAAAGAGAACAAGCUGAAGAAGGGUUGCGGGUACCACCUGGACCUGUUCUGGGUGGGGGUCCUGAUGGCCGUGUGCUCCUUCAUGGGUCUGCCCUGGUACGUAGCCGCCACCGUCAUCUCCAUCGCUCACAUCGACUCCCUGAAGAUGGAGAGCGAGUCCAGCGCCCCCGGAGAGCAGCCGCAGUUCCUCGGGGUCCGGGAGCAGCGGCUGACGGGCAUCCUGGUGUUUGUUCUAACGGGACUUUCCAUCUUUCUGGCUCCGGUUCUGCAGUACAUCCCGAUGCCCGUCCUGUACGGGGUGUUCCUCUACAUGGGCGUGGCCUCGCUGAGCGGCAUCCAGUUCUGGGAGCGCAUCAAGCUCUACCUCAUGCCCCCCAAGCACCAGCCGGACUUCUCCUUCCUGCGCCACGUCCCCCUGAGGAGAGUCCACCUCUUCACGCUGGUCCAGAUCGUCUGUCUGGCGGUCCUCUGGAUCCUCAAGUCCACCUUCCUGGCCAUCAUCUUCCCCGUGAUGAUCCUGGGUCUGCUGGUCGUGAGGAAGCUGCUGGAUUUCAUGUUCUCGCAGCACGACCUGGCCUGGCUGGACGACAUCCUGCCGGAGAAAGACAAGAAGAAGAAGGAGGACGACAAGACGAAGAAGAAGGAGAAGAAGAAGGCGGCGGAGCCCGAGAGCGACGAGGAGCCCGAUAGCUCCGCCCCCCCUCCAGUGAAGAUUCCCAUGGAGGCCCUGGAGCCCCUCCCCCUCCACGUUAGCCCUCCCACCCACAACCAAACCUCUGAUUGUGAACCAGAGACAGAACCACAUAGUCAGAACCACAGCAGGCCCAAGACCUGGUCCCUGGAAGACCAGAGACAGGAACCUCGUAGUCAGAACCACAGCAGGCCCAAGACCUGGUCCCUGGAAGACCAGAGACAGGAACCUCGUAGUCAGAACCACAGCAGGCCCAAGACCUGGUCCCUGGAAGACCAGAGACAGGAACCUCGUAGUCAGAACCACAGCAGGCCCAAGACCUGGUCCCUGGAAGACCAGAGACAGGAACCUCGUAGUCAGAACCACAGCAGGCCCAAGACCUGGUCCCUGGAAGACCAGAGACAUGCACCUCGUAGUCAGAACCACAGCAGGCCCAAGACCUGGUCCCUGGAAGACCAGAGACAGGAACCUCGUAGUCAGAACCACAGCAGGCCCAAGACCUGGUCCCUGGAAGACCAGAGACAGGAACCUCGUAGUCAGAACCACAGCAGGCCCAAGACCUGGUCCCUGGAAGACCAGAGACAUGAACCUCGUAGUCAGAACCACAGCAGGCCCAAGACCUGGUCCCUGGAAGACCAGAGACAGGAACCUCGUAGUCAGAACCACAGCAGGCCCAAGACCUGGUCCCUGGAAGACCAGAGACAUGAACCUCGUAGUCAGAACCACAGCAGGCCCAAGACCUGGUCCCUGGAAGACCAGAGACAGGAACCUCGUAGUCAGAACCACAGCAGGCCCAAGACCUGGUCCCUGGAAGACCAGAGACAUGAACCUCGUAGUCAGAACCACAGCAGGCCCAAGACCUGGUCCCUGGAAGACCAGAGACAUGCACCUCGUAGUCAGAACCACAGCAGGCCCAAGACCUGGGCCCUGGAAGACCAGAGACAGGAACCUCGUAGUCAGAACCACAGCAGGCCCAAGACCUGGUCCCUGGAAGACCAGAGACAGGAACCUCGUAGUCAGAACCACAGCAGGCCCAAGACCUGGUCCCUGGAAGACCAGAGACAUGAACCUCGUAGUCAGAACCACAGCAGGCCCAAGACCUGGUCCCUGGAAGACCAGAGACAGGAACCUCGUAGUCAGAACCACAGCAGGCCCAAGACCUGGUCCCUGGAAGACCAGAGACAUGAACCUCGUAGUCAGAACCACAGCAGGCCCAAGACCUGGUCCCUGGAAGACCAGAGACAUGAACCUCGUAGUCAGAACCACAGCAGGCCCAAGACCUGGUCCCUGGAAGACCAGAGACAGGAACCUCGUAGUCAGAACCACAGCAGGCCCAAGACCUGGUCCCUGGAAGACCAGAGACAGGAACCUCGUAGUCAGAACCACAGCAGGCCCAAGACCUGCGUCACGCUGCACCUGAGGAUCUCCUGCCCCGAGUCCCCAGAACCCUCGCGCACCUCCAGCCUCGCCCCCGUUCCACAGGUGAGCAUCCGGGUGGACUCGGACUUCGAGGAUCCGGACUUCUUCUCACAGCUUCAGGGCCCUCGAGACCUCCAGGACCUUCGGGACCUCCAGGACCUCCAGGACCUUCGGGACCUCCAGGACCUCCAGGACCUUCGGGACCGGAGACCUGCGGGAGGAAAGAACAAAGACUUCAAGAAACGCCGCGCUCACUUUGGUGACUCAGAGACCAUGCUGUAG